AUGUUGACAAAAUGCCCUGCCUGUGCCUGCGACAACCUUACUGUUAUUGACCUCAGUCAACAUCUUGCUAAGAGCCGUGAUCCCUGUUGUCAUGCGCUGUACUGUCAAUCACAUACCCAUGUCAAUUCAGAAUUCCAACCUCUCAAUGAACCUCGCAACAAGUCUGAGGUGCCUGAGGGACCACAUCAUAUGUAUGAGGAAGAAAUGCAGGACUUCGAAGACGAAGUCCUGCAAUCAUUUGCUGAGCAUGACGGAAAUGGCGAGCAUGACGGAAAUAGCAGUGACAAGGAAGAUGGUAGGGAGGAUAAUGAAUGGAAGCUGCCAGUGCAGGAGGAUGAGGGAUGGGCAGGGGUGGAAGUAGAUGAUCCUAUGGACGACAAUGACGGCAGUAUCGACUGCGAAAUGUGCCACCAGAUUGAACAGCAAAUUGCAGAUCACAAUAGAGUCAUUGAGUCUUAUCCCAAUCAUCGAGCAGGACAGCCUAUCACCCAAGCCAAAAUUCAAAAUGUGAAUGCUACAUAUGCUUCCAGUAUCAACAACUUGAAUGCGGAAAAUCCUUAUGCUCCGUUUUCCUCUCAAAUGGACUGGGAGGUUGCGCAAUGGGCGAAGUUACAUGGCCUGAGCUCAACAGCAUUUUCGGACUUGCUUAGUAUUGAUGGUUUAGGGCUGAACACCUUGGUCUGUCUUACAAAAAUGCAAGGGGGCUUAAUAGUAUCAUCGACACACAACUUCCUGGUCAUCCGAGGUUUUGCCAUGAACAGGUUGUUGUUGUGGGCGAAGUGUUCAAUAUUUUCUACUGCGGACAUACUCGAAUGCAUCAAGGAUCUCUAUGGCAACCCAGACUUUGCCGACUUUCUUGUGUUUGCACCAGAACACCAUUACACAGACGCUGAUAAAACAGUUUGGUAUUUCGGCGACAUGCACACAGAUAAAUGGUGGUGGAGUACUCAGAAAAAGCUCGACAAACAGCGGCCAGGCGCAACUAUCGUUCCCAUCAUCAUUUCAACUGAUAAAACACAAGUCACUGUGUUCCGUAACAAAACCGCAUACCCUGUCUACCUUACUAUUGGUAAUAUACCGAAAGAGAUUCGUCAAAAACUGUCCCAACGCACACAAAUCCUUCUUGGGUAUCUUCCCACAACUCGCCUUGAGCAUAUUACCAACAAGGCUUCAUGUCGCAGAAGUGCUGCAAACCUUUAUCAUGCUUGCAUGUCUCAUAUCUUGUCACCGCUGGAAAAAGCUGGUCUUGAUGGUCUAGUGAUGCAAAGUGGGGAUGGCGUCUCACGCCAUUGUCAUCCUCUCUUCACUUGCUUUGUUGGUGAUUACCCCGAACAACUAUUGGCUACUGGAGUCAAAACUACAGAAUGCCCGAAUUGUGAUAUCUAG